AAUAAUGGAAUCAGAUAAGUUUCAAGCUUUAAAACGGGAUCCUAGGUUUCGUUCAAAGACGCAAAAGAACCCAGAAGAGAAAAUUGAAAUCGAUGAAAGGUUUUCGAAAAUAGUUGAUCACGAGGAUUUUAAAAGGCGCGAUAUUGUACAGCUCAAAAUCGAAGAUGGACAUGAUAGUGAGCAACAAAUUCCGGCAGAGUUUCGCAGAGUGGUUCCAGGUGUCUAUGAUCCUGCACGGGGGAUUGGAUUAGAAGAAUCAAGCAGUGAAUCGUCUGAGUCUGAAAGCGAAAACGAGGCUGACGCGCAAAAUGUAAACAACCUACUUCAUAAUUGGAACUUUAACGAUGAAAAUGUUGCUAAAGCAUCUAGUUCCGAUGCUUUAUCAUCAACCCUAGCCUUGUGUAAUUUCGACGCGGAUCAUUUGAGUGCUCAGGAUAUUUUCAUGAUGCUUCAGUCUUUUUUAUCGCUUGGUGGGAAAAUUAAAAGCGUCAAAGUGUACAUAUCUGAUUUUGGUAAAGAGAAAUUAGCGGAAGAAGCAAUUGAAGGACCAAUAUCACUUAAAGUUACCGAACCCUCUGAGCAUAGUAAUGAAAUUUCAGAUGAAAAAAACGCUGCCGAAAAGAUUCGUCUUUAUCAAGCGCAAAGACUUCGAUAUUUUUUUGCUAUAAUAUCUUGCUCAGACUCUGAUACAGCUGCACAGCUUUAUGAAGCUUGCGACGGACUUGAGUUUGAGUCAUCUGCGACGUUUGUUGAUUUGAGAUUUGUUCCUGAUUCUGAAAAUUUGGAUGAUAAUAAACUGAAAGAUGAGUUUUAUCCAGGGGCCGAUUUGGCAAAAUAUGCUCCUAAUUUGUACACUAAUAAAUCAAUGUCGCAUCAGAAAGCCGAGAUGACCUGGGAUGGGGAUGACAGAAAGCGUAAAGAAGUGCUUAACAAGAAAGUAAUCAAAGAUGAGGAACUCGAUGACUACAAUGCGUUUCUCGCUUCUAGUAGCAGUGAAGAGGAAACGGAUGAACAAAAUGCACACGGUAGUUUAGCAAAAAAGCGAGCUCUAUUAUUAGGCGAAGAUGUAGCUGAAAACAGAGUCGAAAAGGUUGUACAAGGAAGCAAACACGAGAAGUCAGUUACAAUCCAGUUGAGCGCAGAGGAAGUACAAAAGUUGAAAACAGAAUCAAAGUCGAGAAGUGAUCAAUCGGAGUCAGAGGAAAUUGAAGAAGAAUCGGAUGGCUUCGAAGAAGCAGCAAACUCUGAUGACGAUGGCGAUAAUGUAGUGUCAGAAAGAAGAAAUACACAAAAUGAUUUGCAGCUUUUACUUGCUGACGUCGAAGACACAGAUCACAAACAUUUCGACUACAACAAAAUCGUUAAAGUGGAAAAAAUGUCCGAAAAAAGUAGGAAGAGAAGAAACAAAGAAGUUGACUCGUUUCGCAUCGACACUGCAGAUUGUAGGUUUCAAGCCUUGUUUGAAAAUGCUGAGUUUGCUAUUGAUCCUUCAGAUCCAAAAUUCAAAGCUACUGCAGCCAUGAAAGAGAUCGUCUCUAAGCGGGCCGAAUGUCGAGGAAAUAAGUCUCGCGAAAACUACGAAACCGAGCGAAACAAAACUCCAAUUGGAAGUGAGGCUACGACGACAGAAAAUGAUCAGCCUGCAAAGCAUAAGCUUUCUUCCCUUAUCCAGUCUUUGAAAAACAAAAGCAAAGCUCAGAAAGUUGCUACGGAUAAAAGAAGAAAAUGAAUGCACGGAGUUAGCUGCACUGAUCCAGUAUCAGUUUUGAAACAAUGGUCAAGAAAAGUGACCCCAGAGUUGGAAGCAAAGAAGGGUUUGAUUGAUGAUCGGCAGACAACAGCUUACCGUUGAAAACAGAGAGAACUAAAACAAUUCAAUUUUGUUUUUUAAAACAGAAUUUUUAAAUUAUAGCUCUUUGACUGCUUA